UGUUACAUCAAUUAGUCCUCUCACAUUGUUUUCUUUGUUGUACAGUUCAUUUGGCAAAAUGGAGAUACCAGCCCCUUCAAUUUUAUGUAUUCUCUUUGUUAUUGUGUUGAUCCUACUUCUACUAGAUACAUCAGUGUGUGAACCAAGAUCGCAGACCAUCCAGAUCAUAAGUAGUAAUCAACUUGAGCAUAAUUCGACGAUUCAUAUCCAAAACUUUAUUGCAGUUACGGAAAUUAUAAGCCAACAAAUGAGAAAUGGAGGAUAUGAAGUUGCAGUUUCUGUCGCUGAACCAGAUACUAGCUAUGGACUUGCCCAAUGCUAUGGUGAUCUUUCUUUACCCGACUGUGAGUUAUGCUAUGCUGCAGCGCGAACGGUUCUGCCCCAGUUCUUCCCGUAUAACUCAGGGCGAAUUUAUCUUGAUGGAUUCUUUAUGCGAGUGGAGAAUCACACGUUCUAUGACCAGUAUUUAGGUCCAGAGGACAGGCAUGUAUGUGAAAACAGGAUGACAAAGGGUACAUUGUUCCAACGGAACGCUAGGCAAGCCGUUCAGCAAGCAGUUGUAAAUGCACCGACUAAUAAUGGCUAUGCACGUGCUCAAGUGUCAGUGCCAGGUCCUUCCGAUGAGACAGCUUAUAAAAAAAAACCUUCAGAUCACCCCAUUGCAGGAAAAGUUGUAGUCAUUGUUGUUGUUAGUUCUGUUGUCGUUUUGGGAGUAGCUGCUUUCAUUGGUUUUGGUGUCUGGAAGAACAAACAAAUCCAGAAGAAGAGAAAAGGUGCAUCUGAUGUUGAGAAAUUAGUGAAGAUCCUUCAUCAAAACAACUUGAACUUCAAGUAUUCGACACUUGACAAAGCCACGGGGUCAUUUGAUGAGGCCAACAAGCUCGGGCAAGGUGGAUUUGGCACGGUUUAUAAGGGUGUUUUGGCAGAUGGGAAAGAGAUUGCCGUCAAAAGGCAGUUCUUCAACAACAAACACACAGCUGCAGAUUUUUAUAACGAGGUUAACAUAAUCAGUAGCGUCCACCACAAAAAUUUGACAAGGUUAUUGGGCUACAGCACCUCAGGACCGGAAAGCCUUCUUGUAUACGAGUUACUCCCUAACCAGAGUCUGGAUCGCUUCAUAUUUGACCCUAUCAAAGGUAAAGCUCUAAACUGGGAGAAAAGAUUUGAGAUAAUUAUAGGGACAGCAGAAGGAAUGGUAUACCUACACGAGAACACAAAUACACGAAUAAUUCACAGAGACAUUAAGGCAAGCAACAUCCUGUUGGACUCGAGGCUCCGUGCAAAGAUUGCUGAUUUUGGAUUGGUCAGGUCAUUCCAAGAAGACAAGAGUCACAUAAGCACUGUCCUUGCUGGCACGUUAGGAUAUAUGGCUCCAGAAUACUUAACACGCGGUCAGCUAACAGAAAAAGCAGACGUUUACAGCUUUGGAGUUCUUCUACUAGAGAUUGUUACUGGAAGACAAAAUAACAAGAGAAAUAACUCUGAAUAUACAGUCAGCUUAGUUUCCGAUGUGUGGGAGCACUAUAAACGCGGGAUAGUGGAGGAACUCUUCGAUCCAAAUCUCAUGUUGCAUAACUACCAUACAAUCAAUGUAAGAAAUGAGGUUGCGAGAGUGUUACAUGUGGGGCUUUUGUGCACUCAAGAAAUCCCAACGUUACGGCCAUCUAUGUCUAAGGCAUUACAAAUGUUCAUCAAGAAAGAUGAAGAGUUGCCUCCUCCUACUAAGCCUCCAUUCGUGGCAGAGAAAAUCAUGGAAACUCACAACCCUUGGGAGAAGUACUUGAUAAAACAAGGCGCUUCUGCUACGAUUGCCAACUUAUCUCACAGUUCAUUUUACCCCAGAUGA